GUGUGUGUGUGAUUGUGAAAGUGAAAGAAAAAAAAAAUGAACCCCCAUAGUCUGUUUGCUUCGGCAGCCAUUAACAUAGGCUUGGCCUUAGUGACUCUCACCCUCUUCUCCAUCUUCAAGAAACAGCCCUCAUUCGCUCCCAUAUUCUACGCUCGUCGCCUCUCCAAUGGCCAACAGAUUCACUUCCAUGAUCAAACCUUCUCUUUCCGUCGCUUCCUCCCUUCUGUCUCCUGGAUUCCUCGCGCUUUUCGCGUCACUGAAGAUGAAAUUCUUGACUCCAGUGGCCUUGACGCUCUUGUCAUCAUCAGACUCUUCAAGUUCGGUAUCAAAUUUUUUGUUGUAUGCUCUCUUGUGGGGUUGGUGGUACUUCUCCCAGUAAAUUAUAAUGGCCAGGAUGUACCAUACCAGAGCUAUCACUCCUUGGAUUCUUUUACAAUAUCUAACAUUACUCCUGGUUCUAACAGGCUUUGGGUGCAUUUUUCAUGCUUGUGGAUUUUAUCUUUCUACGGCUUAUACCUACUAUAUCAGGAAUAUGAUGAAAUUUUGGUUAAAAGGAUUCAACAACUUCAGAAGAUUAGGCAUCGACCUGACCUGUUUACUAUUCUUGUUCGGGAAAUUCCGAUUUGCUCAGAACACAAGGCUCGUGGUUGUUCUGUUGAUCACUUCUUCUCUAAACAUUAUCCAUACAGUUAUCAUUCUUAUCAAAUGGUAUACAAAGAAAAAGAUCUUGAAGUGUUGUUGAGCCAGGCAGAAUCUAUUGCAAGAAAGAUAGAGGACUUGAGAGAGAGGCCCACAGCUAACAAAAAUAAGAGAGAAACUUUGCUCUUGGAUGGAUCUAGAGAAGAUGCUGUGAAGAUAUCCUUGCACGAGGACAGCCUUCAAGUAUUUUGUGAAAAGAUACGCCAAUUACAGCAUGAAAUUGUGAUCAAGCAAAAGGAGCUACCUGUUGCCUUCGUUAUAUUCAAGUCUCGUUGUGGUGCUGCACUAGCCGCUCAAUCUCAGCAGCACUCACAUCCACUUCUAUGGAUCACGGAAAUGGCUCCAGAACCAAGGGAUGUAUCAUGGAGGACUUUGGCAAUUCCAUAUAGAAUACUUCCACUUUACAAAAUUGGAGUUGUUCUUGCAGCAUCACUUCUUACAAUUUUCUUUGCCAUCCCAGUCACUGCUGUUCAAGGAAUUGCCAAAUAUGAGAAACUGAAGAAAUGGUUUCCUCCAGUCAUGGCUGUAGAAUUAAUACCAGGAUUAAGCUCUGUCAUGACAGGGUAUCUUCCUAGUGUCAUUCUUAAAGGAUUUAUAUACAUUGUCCCCUUUGCAAUGUUUGGGAUGGCUAAAUUACCUGGUUGUAUCUCAAAGAGCAAGGAGGAGAUUAAAGCUUGCAACAUGGUCUUCUAUUUUCUAGUGGGAAAUGUUUUCUUUUUGAGUGUGUUAUCAGGAUCAUUACUUGAUGAAAUUGGAGAAUCUUUUUCUCACCCAAAGAAUUUUCCUAGUCAUCUGGCUAGUGCUGUCUCUGCUCAAGCAGAUUUCUUCAUGACAUACAUCCUAACAGAUGGGCUUUCAGGGUUUUCUUUGGAGAUUCUUCUGCCUGGCUUACUCUUUUGGGAUGUUAUAAAGUCACACACAGUUGGCCGUGGGACAGAGAAAGAUCCUUAUCUUUAUUCACUACCCUACUUUAGAAUUAUUCCUAUGGUGUCCUUGUCAGUACUGAUUGGUACAGUAUACGCGGUUGUCACACCAUUGUUGCUUCCAUUUCUUAUUGGCUACUUCUGUCUUGGCUAUCUUGUUUUUAUCAACCAGAUUCAAGAUGUAUAUGCAAUUGUGUACGAGACAUGUGGACAAUACUGGCCAUACAUUCAUCACUAUAUUCUUGUUGCAAUUGUUCUCAUGCAAAUUACCAUGAUUGGUCUUUUUGGACUCAAGUCUAUGCCAGCUGCUUCCAUAUCAAUAAUUCCACUGCUCUUGCUCACUUUGAUGUUUAAUGAGUACUGCAAGAAACGUUUUCUCCCCACAUUCCAUCAUUACUCUAUCCAGAAUGCUGUUGAACAUGAUGAAUUAGAUGCGAAGAGCAGUCAAAUGGAAGUUAACCAUGAGGAUGUGAUUAAUGCAUAUUGUUCACCCUGUUUGCGGCCUGUAAACUUCCUCACAUCAGAAUCGAGUUCAACACAACCAUUGGUUUGCUCAUCAUCACUUUAAUUCUAGCUUUUUCAUUUC